UAUAGCGAGAUUACUCAUGUUUCUAAAAGGGAUGAGAAAGACAGCAUUUUGAUAAAACAUUCAUAUUUACCAGAGAAGGAGAAUAAGAUUGGCUUUUUAAAGAACUCGUCAUUGUAGAAAAUGCCUCCUAAAAGCAAAAGGCAAAAAACACAACACUCGGCUUGCGGCAAAAAUGAACAGACGAACAGCACCGUUGACACCAAUAGCAGCGCUGACUGUGUAGCCCCAAUACUAAGCAAAUACUUCCCAGCUCCGAGCAUCAGCCCACAAGACAUUCCGGCAAAAUUCCUCGAAAUCGAAGCCAGACAAACUGACAGACUCCUGAGCCUCGACUACGGGGAAGGGAUAAGCUACGUCUACAACCCUCUGGACUACGCAAGUGAAAUCCAUGCUGAUUUUGUCUCGAAAUUUUGCCAGGGAACGAAGAAGGUGUUGCUGAUGGGCAUGAACCCGGGCCCUUGGGGGAUGGGGCAGGACUGGGACUUUGAAAGGUGUUUCCAUUUGGCAUGUAAAAUAUGCAAAGGAGUGGCUAGGAGUGACGGGGGUGUCAAAAGGCCUGAGAGAGAGCAUCCCAAAAGGCCAAUACAGGGAUUGGAGUGUACGAAAAGUGAGGUGAGUGGGGAUCGUCUCUGGUCGCUGCUGAAGGAGCUGAGUGGCUCGCCAGAUGUACUGUUCAAAUUUCUUUUCCUCCACAACUACUGCCCACUAUUCUUCUUGAAGGAGUCGGCUAAAAACGUCACUCCGCCUGAGCUCAAGGCCUUCGCCAAAGCAGGCAUUACAAACAUUGAGAUUAGCUUGUUGAUGCACCCAAGCCCAGUGAACCCAGCAGCUAAUAAAGGUUGGAGGGAAAUUGCUAUCAAACAAUUAACAGAAAGCAAGGUCAUCGAGUAUUUAAGCCAGAAGUUUAAAUGUCAUCUUCAAGAUGAUUAUGCAGUUUACAUAUAUAAUAACGGUCAGUAA